UAGGCAAAGUUAGACAGAAAGGGGAGGACGCUUAAGAAGAAAUAGGAGGGAGUGGAAGUAAUGGGCUGGGUGAGGAAUCCAAGACACCUGUAUGAUGUUACAGCACCUUCUAAAUAAUACAGGGCAGCAGGGCUUAUGUAUAGGAAACUGGAGACAAGUCAGCGGAGCUUAUUUGAAUACAAGGUUGGAUAAGUGCUGUUCUAUCCCUGGGAUCGCUGAGCCUUGGAACAAACGCAGAGAUAUUCAGAUUAACCUUGGAAAUUUAUCACGAGACGGAUAAAGGGAACAAGCAAAAGACUGUUCACGCAUAAGCGAAAAAGAACUAAUUAAGGAAAACAGUGGACAUGGGCAAGAAUAGAAUAUUCUCCUGCAAAGUGUUAUUGUGCUAAACUGCAGUAUCCAAGGACGUACAAGUCUGCAUGUCAGAGAGAGGCAGCGUUCUAGCUGAAAGAGCAGCUUUCAUCUAAUAUUUGGAGUGCAGUUGCUGUGCCAGGUGCUUUGGAGUAGUGGAAUGAUGGUGCAUAUUCCCGAUGAUGCAGACUUUAACUCAUUCCGGGAGCAGUGUGAGAGUGCUGAAGGCUGGCAGUGCCAGUAUAAUAAGGGGGGAGUGACGGUGUGGAGCCAUGAGCAGGACAGCAUCAGAGCUGUUAAAAAACUUAAGAUGCGAAUUGUUUGCAAAGAUGUUGCUGCUGAGGUCAUGUAUGACGUUCUUCAUGACACAAACUAUCGCAAGAAGUGGGACACCAACAUGAUAGAUACCUAUGACAUUGGAAGACUUACGGUCAAUGCAGAUGUGGGGUACUACUCAUGGAAGUGCCCGAGUCCACUUAAGAACAGAGAUUUUGUAACCUUACGGUCUUGGCUGCCCCUUGGCAAUGAUUACAUGAUAAUCAAUUACUCAGUAAAGCACCCGAAGCAUCCUCCUCACAAGGACUUUGUGAGAGCGGUUUCCUUGCAGACCGGAUAUCUUAUUAAGGCCAACGGCGACAACAGCUGUGUUCUGUACUACCUCACACAAGUGGACCCCAAAGGUUCGCUACCAAAGUGGGUAGUAAAUAAAGUUUCUCAGUUUGUGGCUCCAAAGGCUAUGAAGAAGAUCUACAAAGCUGGGAUUAAGUAUCCUGAAUGGAAACGAAAGCAUGACCCACACUUCAAACCUUGGGUGUAUCCGGAGCAGAACACCCUACCUACCGUAAAUUUGGAAGACUUGGCCAUUCAGCGGGCGGAUGAGCUGGAGAACAUAGAUGAAAGUGGCGUGUCUGAGGAAAGAACGCACAUCAGCGAUGAUGAAGACGGGCUUUCCAAGGAAUCUUAAACCGUUAUUUUUUUCUAAUCCAUGAUAGUCUAUAAAAAGUUCUGAUUUUCCAUUGUUUGUGCCCAGCUACCAGAAGGGGGUCCACUACUCCCCAUUAUCUGUAUAUGACCUCUUGCACUAUUAUAACAUUGUCUCCGUCUUCCUGAUGCUUUUUUAUCAGUCUCCAUAAUAAAAUAAGUUGCAUACAAACAA